CUCCGGGCAGCGUCGCCCGCGCCAUGGCCGAGAGCGGCGGCGGCGACUUGUCCCGGCGCCGCUGGAAGCGCCACAUCGUCCGGCAGCUGCAGCAGCGCGACCGGGCGCAGAAGGCGCGCUUCCUGGACCUGGUGCAGGCCUAUAACAAGCUGCUGGAAAAAUCCAGCUUGGAUGAGCUCACGGUGCAGCUGCAAUCCCCUUCCGUAGAUCACCAGAUGGGGGGUCCUGCUUGCAGCCCCAACCAUGUGUCUGCCAGCUGUGUUCCUGCUUGGGAUCCAGCAGCAGUGUUGACAAGCCUUCAGAGUCGUCAGGAAGCCAGCCGCUUGCAGUUGGACACCCUCGUUGGGGAGUUGGCAUACAAGGUAUAUGAGUGGAACCAGCUGCUCAGAGCUAAGGACGCCAACCUGGAGGAGCAAAAGAGCAGGCUGGCCACCCUGAGCUGCCAGCUGCUGGGCCUGGAGAGCCGGCGCUGCCAGCUGCAGUACCAGGCAGAGGAGCUGAGCUGCAGGAACAGCAGCCAGAAGGACGCCUACAACUCGCUGCAGAGGCGCUUCCGGGAGCAGGAUGGGGCAUUUCGCUGGGCGCUGGAGGAGGGGCAGCGGCUGCUCCAGGGCAUCCUGCAGAGGAAGGUGGACUGGGCCCAGCGCCAAAACGACCAGAUUGAGAGGGUGAAGCAAACCCAGCUGGCCAGGGAUCUGCAGGAGGCAACCAAGUCCAUACUCAGAGUGAAAGUAGAAUCAGAAAAAGUGAAAGUAGAAGAGUGGAAGCUGGCCAGCAGAAAUGACCCUGAAGAGAAGAAAGGAGGUGAAAAACUGUGGAAGAGGCCCUUCCGAUCAGCGUCUGCUACUUCCAUCAGCACGACCAGAUGCAAGGAUGUUGUCAAGGGCUGGUUUGAUUUCAGGCUGAAGCGUGGGAACUCGGUCAGCAGUGGGUCAGUGGAUCGGUACUGCUGCCUCCCGUCCUGUGUGGCCGCCUCCCUCCCGUCCCAGGUGACCGAUGAACAGGAAGCCCACAUUUCUGAGAUCAACGCCAUCGCCUUCAGUCCGAAUUCAGGCGUGCUGGCCACGGGUGGCAUGGACAGGCUGGUCAAGCUCUGGAAUGUGGUUGGAGGACGUCUAGAGAAGAUGCAGAGCCUGGACGGAGCCAGUGGCAGCAUCACCGGCAUUGAGUUUGACCCCACGGGGAGCCACAUCUUAGCCGCUACGUAUAACAACGCUGCUCAGCUGUGGAAGGUUGGGGCCGGCCAAGUGAAGGCGAUUCUCACUGGGCACACUGACAAAGUGACAGCUGCCAAGUUCAGGUCCACGUGGCACCAGGCUGUGACGGGCAGCAAAGACAGGACGGUGAAAGAGUGGGACUUGGUCAAAGGGGCAUGUUCUAGGACCAUCCAGGUCCUCUCUUACUGCAACGACGUGGUGUGUUGCAACAAUGUCAUUGUCAGCGGGCACCAUGACCAGAUGAUCCGUUUCUGGGACAGCAGGGACCGGCGCUGCACGCAGGUGAUCCCCAUGGAAGGCAAGGUGACCUCGCUCAGCCUCAGCCCCGACCAGCUGCGGCUGCUCAGUUGCUCUCGGGACAACGCCCUGAAGGUCAUCGACCUGCGGAUGCAUGCCGUCCAGCAGGUGUUGAGGGCGGACGGAUUCAAGUGUGGGUCCGAUGGGACCAAGGCCGUGUUCAGCCCUGAUAGGAGCUAUGCCUUGGUUGGAUCUGUGGAUGGCACCCUUUUCCUCUGGAACAUGGCAACCGGAAACUUGGAAAUCAGCUUGGCGGGAGUGCACCGGUCUUCCGUGAAUGCCGUGGCUUGGGGUCCCUCUGGGGUCCACAUCGGGAGCGUGGACCAGUGCCGGAAACUUGUCCUGUGGAGAUAGCAAAGGAUGACCUCCGUGCCCGCGUCUCUUUCCGAGACCUGCCUGUUUGUGCCUUUUGACGUGGCUCCCUGAAUUUGAGGCUGGUGGGGCUGAGAAGCUGGUCUUCCUUGCGCACAAGCAGCCCCGGCUUUCUCUGUUCUUUCUUCCUCGCUGCGUGUGAAGGAUGCAAGAUGGGGAGCCAGGUCUUGGGGGCUAGGCCCCCAACUCUCAAUAGGUCUGCAGAGCAGAUCUCGCAGGGAUCAAGGGAGGGCCAAGAGGUAUUGCCAAGGGAGUUCAGUAAAUUCCAAAGGGUCAGAUCCAUUAGUAGCAACCCUGCAAGGUAGGCCAGCUCAGGAAUCAGACCCUGCAAGGACUCCUGGAACUCUGCUUUAUUGUUGGAGGGUAUAAUAUCAGAAAUCUGAAAGCCUGCCAGAGUUUCCCUGUGCCCCCUCUUAGACCAUGCAGAAUCAACCGGGGUUAUUUUGAGUCUCUUUCUUGCACUACCUCCAUUCCCAGGGCUGAGAUGUCGUUUGCUGUCUCUUAUCUGCUAGCAGCUCUCACAUUCCUUCAUCAGUUCUGGCUUUGGUACAUUCCAGGUUGGGGAAAGCUGGCUAAGUAGAACCUCCAUAUAUAAUGGCAGUGUCCUGAAUGAUCAUGGCUGCUGGAAGAAGCUGAGGCAGGGAGGUGAGCACCAUGACCGUUCAGUUGCAGCUCUGGCCUCUUUUUUGCAGAAGAACAGGCAGAGCUUCAGAUCCACCUUCGGAGUGGGCUGCUUCUCUUCAGCCCCACUGCCCUGUCUUUUUCUUGUUUGGCAUUGGCCCUUUUCGGCCGCUGCCAUCUGGUCGCUCUCCACACAAAUCAACUGGAGGAUGGAGAACGCCCACUGCCCCUUUCACUCCAUCUGGAUGCCGCCGCCUCCUCUUUUCCUUCUCCUUCACUCCUCCUCCUCUUCCUCCUCUUCCUGCCUCCCUUUGCAGCCCCAGCCACCCCCUCCCCUGUUCCAUUCUCACUGGGUCCUUCCAGGUGAUCUGGGGAGGAGAACAAAAUAAGAAAUGGGGCAGACCAAAGGAGGCUGUCUCCAUGCCCUCCCCACCUCUCCUGGUGGGACCUAGGAGGGAGACCUGUCACACAUUGCACAUUUCUUGCUGGGUGGGGAAUUCUGGGAGUUGAAGUCCACCCAUCUUAAAGUUCCCAAGGUUGAGAAACCCUGGUCCAGAGGGAAUCAGCCAAGCUGCAGCAGGCAGGAGAACAAAAAAAACACACAACAGGCCUUUCUGUCAAGAUUCCAUUUGAAGCUGAGUGUCGCACCUCAAGUGAGAUCAUGGAAGUAAGUCCAGUCAUCUUCCGGCAGCCCUGCAAAGGAUUCUGGGAUGGCAACCUCUGCCUGGCAGCCUUGCGAGGAAUCCAGCAGUAGAUUUGCCAGAGCACAUUUUUCUGCAUUGCACCUAGCAGGCAUUUGUAAGGAAACAGGCCGCAGUUUUGAUGGGUGGCUUUUCUAAUCGCUUGGAGGAUAUUGCAAACACACACACUGUGGCUUGGAAAAUAAAAGGUUGGGUUCCUCUACAGAGAGAUGUGUCUUUUGCAUGCAGUCAA